AUAUUGUUCACAUUCCUCUUCAACCAAACAGGUCAGUCUUGAGCUUCAAUCUCAAAUACCAGCAUACAGACUAUCCAUCAGGACUACAGCAUAAAAAGUACAGAUUCCAUGAAUUUUGACGCUCUGUCGUUUGAUUUCAUCUCAAUUGACAAGCGCGCUUUACAAUUAUCUUCGUGCACAACGAUGAGGUUGGUAGUAAGGUCUCAUUUGGCGAACUCACUCGUCGUAUCUGCGAACUUAAAUGACUCCGUUGGGUCGUUGAAAAACAAAAUUUCAUCAGCUACGGGGAUUCCACCAUCUAGUCAAUGUAUCUAUCAUAACGGUACCCUAUUACGCGAUGGUGACCUUCUCGAGGAGAUUGACAUUUACGAUCUGGAUAAUAUUGACGUGAAUUGCGAGCUUCGGGGAGGUGGCAAGAAAAGAAAAAAGAAGGCAUACACUACUCCAAAAAAGAUCAAGCAUAAGCGAAAGAAAGUGAAACUAGCAACACUGAAGUAUUACAAGGUUGAUUCUAAUGGUAAAGUAACCAGACUGCGAAGAGAAUGUCCCAGUGAGAAGUGUGGUGCAGGUGUCUUUAUGGCUAGUCAUUUCGACCGUGAGUACUGUGGGAAAUGUGCUCUUUCUUAUGUACAUGUAAAUAAGUGAAAAUAAAGUGAGACUAUCUGGUGCUCAGUUCUUUUUACAGUCGACAGGAUUGCGCAAAUACAAAAUGUUUUUCUCUUCGACCCAACUCAGUCCGAAGUAAUUGUCUUCCUCAGUACCCUUUCCCAAAGCUUGGUUGGAAUAAUGUAUAUAUUUUAUUGUGUAUAUGGCUUACUGGCAGUGCCAUAGGAUUUCACUAAUCUCUGGCUGUCUCUAGUGCUUCACACCCAUCCUCGUAUUUGAAUGCUAGUACACUGUCAAUGGGAACGUUACGAGUUUGUGGUGUCAUUCUAAAUGGAUUUCGUGACGUUAUUCUGAUAACUCAUUUCUAAUUCAAAAUCAGUCGGCUCAUGCUUUAAGCAGUAAAUUCUUGACUUGGUAAACAAAACCAAUUAGAAUUAUAGUGCUGUAUAUAAUAAGCUGGUUGUGAAACCGUAGGUAUGAAAAAGUCAUUUGGUGUUGUCUACACUUUGGCUUGUCAACAGUGGCGUUACUUCAUGCUGUAAUCGCCUACUUAGUAUACAUAAAGGAAACCAGUAAUUUGGGAGCAGUGAGCCGAUAUUUCUGUCUGUAUACUAAACACCUGUCAUUCCAGGGGGUGGAUGCAUUCGACAGUAGUCAUUACUCUCUUUGUUUAGGAUGUCUCAAACGGACCUUCAGAGGUCGGGGUAACAUUGGUACUGUCACGUUUUGUUGGGAUGGCAGUGAUUAUGAUAAGAAUGCCUCUAGUUCUGAUCUACAUAAUCUAGUUGUAAUCUGUCAAAUAAGCUAGAGUGUAGAGGUAUCAAUAUAUGAUAUAGCUUGGC